AUGGGUUGUGCUUUAACUGCUAUGUUUGGAUCAUAUACAGAAGCAGAUAUUGAAACGGAAGUCGCAAAUUUCACACCUCAUUUAUCUAUGGUCGAACUUAUGAACGGUGGAAUUAUUAAACUCGAAGGUUCUAAUGGAUUUUUCAAUCCGAACUCUCUUCUUGAUCCUAGUUGGCUGAAAGGUAAAAUGACAGCAGAAGAAUAUUGCCAGGCAAUCAAUUACGUUAACAAAUGCACCGGUAGAUCUCAAGUUGGUCUAACUAAAGCAUAUCCCCCAUCCGAACGUGCAUUUCGUGCGCAGUUACGGAGUCAAGCAGGCUUAGCUGCAGUAGAAGAAAUCAAUAAACGAUAUCGAUCAGUUCGUUUUACUUAUCAACAAACAGCUCAAGAUAUGGACAUUGACAUUUCAUAUAGUACAGAUCCGGCUAUGCGCUUUGCACAACGACGCGGGCAUAGCAUUGGUCAUGCGUCAAAAACAAGACGUUCUACUGUCGAACAGGGAACACCAGUUUUUCCAGUUGAAUCUGCAGUUCAAGUUGAUAGUGACCGUGGUCAUACAGAUAAAAACCUUGAUGAUGAGGUUCAUAUGUCAUUUGACGAUUUAUUUUCUGAUAAAGAAUUAAUGUUAUCAGUAAAUGAUGAAGAUGAAAGAGCUGAACAAGAAAUAAAUAAAAAGUUAGCAUCACCUAAUUUUGAUACUCAUUAA